AUGACAUCGAAUAAACGAAAAAACGGAGACGCUUUUUCCCAUAGGAGCAAUGGCCCAUCUGUUGUUGUGGUUACAGGGUUGAAAAAUGAGGAUGAAAGCUUUAUUGAGCAGGGUUUGCAUAAACUUCAUCAGCAUCUGUCAUCUGAAGACUUCUUGUUGAAUGCGAUCGAAAGUAUUGAUCAAGGAGUAAACAGGCGACGCGGAGAGCUACAGGAGAAAUCAUAUAAAAUCAAGUUUGGUCUUGAACAUCAACUUGGGCAAGAAUUAGAUGCUUGUAGGCAUGAGUCUCGCGAAUUGGUUGACUUGGAAGGGCAAAUCGCAAGAGUGAAAGAAGCACAAAAAUUGUUGGUCCAAAAAAUGGAGAGUCUGGACAAGAUUCAACAUGGGUUACAGAGUACUAUUUCAAAGUAUCAAGAAGAGGCUUCUCAUGAGAUUGAUUCCAUUGAUCAAGUCGAAGAAGAACAGAAACGUUUGGUUCCUCGCCUGAAGACUCAAAUUUCACUGUAUGCUUCAACAACCGGCAUCAAGUGGAACUUUGCCCAAGACGAAAUGUUGUCAGGACAGGUGUGUAUAUCAAAGACGACAGCAUUACAAUCAUUCUGCGUCGACCCCAGAGACUACUCGUCUGUCGAAACGGCAAAUCGGCUCUGGAAAAUGAUUGACGUUGGAGCAUGA